AUGGCAAGGCGGGAUGGUGAGAUGCUGGCCGUCAUGAUCCGCCGUAACCCCACCCCUCGAACCGGCGGCCCGCGCCUGCCAGCCCAGCCUGAUCCAGAGGGUGUGCGACAGCAUAUCCUCAUGAACCCCAGCUCCCAAAACGACCUCCGCACCCGUGACCCCGAGCUCGGCGCUGCCCUCAACGACCCCGUCCGCUGGCGAGAGACUUUUGCGAUGCGACAACGCCAGGCCGAUGAAGCAGAGCGCGAGCGCCAGAACCAGAUUGCCCUCCUCAACGAAGACCCCUUCAACGUCGAGGCCCAGCGCAAGAUUGAGGACCUGAUUCGCCAAGACCGUGUCGUCGAGAAUCUGCAAAAGGCCUAUGACGAGAACCCAGAGGUCUUUGUACGUGUCCACAUGCUCUACGUCAACACCGAAGUCAAUGGCGUCCCAGUCAAGGCCUUUGUCGACUCGGGCGCCCAGGCCACCAUCAUGUCGCCCGACUGCGCCGAACGGUGUGGCAUCAUGCGUUUGAUGGAUGUUCGCUACGCAGGCAUGGCUCGCGGAGUCGGUACAGCACGAAUCCUCGGUCGUGUCCACCACGCCGAAAUCAAGAUUGGCGGCGCCGUCAUGCCCUGCGCCUUUACCGUCAUGGAGGGCAAAGAUGUAGACUUACUCUUCGGCCUCGACAUGCUCAAGCGAUACCGCGCCAAGAUUGACCUUGAGAAGAAUGCGCUCUGCUUCCAAGGCCAAGAAGUCCCCUUUCUCCACGAAUCCGAGAUUCCCCGCAGUUUUGAAGAGGCCGAGAUGAACGAGCCGACGGUUGCGGGUCCCAAUGGCACGGAAAUUGGCGCCAAAACCGGUGCGGUACGACCCAAGGGCGCCACCGCCGCCGCCGAACACUCGAUUGCAGCAGGUUCCUCUGCGACUGCUGCUCCCGGCCCCUCGUCCUCGUCGUCGUCCUCGCAGCCUGCAGCAGCACCAAAAGCCUCAGCCUCAGCCCCAGCCCCAUCUCCCCUGCCGGCGCUCAGUUCGAGAUAUCCACACGAUCACAUUGAGAGCCUCACGAGCAUGUUCAACGUCACCGCUGCCGAAGCCGUCCAAGCCCUGGAUAUGUGCGACGGCAACAUUGACGCCGCAGCCAACGUCCUCACUCAGUUAGCCCAGUAG